AUGCCGCGUGCUGAGGACGAGCGAGCCGAGCUGGUGGACACCAGCAAGAACCAGCUGGUCGCAUUAGAAAGCAGUAUGAAAAGGUUGGCGAGCGAUGCUAAGCAGCUAAAGGACCAGGCCCACACCUGGGUGCAGCUAAAAACAACGAUAGGAAUGCUGGACGGCCUGUAUGAGCAGGCGUCCAACGUCUUGCUACGAUUGGAGGGCCUUGAUGGCCCUCAACAGCGUAGAGAGCCUUUGAUGGCUGUCUACCUAAAUGCUAAGGUGCUGCUGGAGGAAAUGGCUCAAAAGGUGAUGCCAGCUCCUUCAAGCAGCUCUUCAAACGCUCUGCUGGAUCAGACCAUCCAGCAGUCCUCAGGUCGAUCCGACCAUUUACCGCGGAUCGAGCUUCCAAGAUUCAACGGUUCACCCACGGAGUGGCUCUCAUUCAAGAGCCGCUUCGAGAAGAGAAUAUCCGCUCUGAAUGAAGAUGCGGAUAAAUUCGCAUUUCUGGCAAAAUGCCUGGAAAAAUUCGAACCUGCCAAAGAUUCAGUCGAGGCACUCGAAAACUCGGGAACGAGCUUUGCCGAGGCCUGGCAAAAGCUCGAAACACGCUUUUACAAGCGUAGAAUAGCCUUCGAAGGCUACUUUACUAAAUUGCUCAUGGUGAAGAAAAUCAUGAGCCCCAACGCCAAGGGAAUUAUGGCGUUGAUCGACGCAGUAGACACCGCAGUCCACGCCGCUCACCAAAUCCAAGGUGAGCGAAAUCAAACGCUAGAUAGUGUGGCCAACGGCCUAAUUAUUGCCAUAGUAAAGGGCAAAUUAGACGACGUAACCCUAUCCAAGCUCGAAGAGAGCUUGGAUCUACAAAAAAUCUAUACUUGGGCCGAAUUCAAGGCCGAAUUAGAAAAACGGGCCAAUCAGUUGGCUUGUCAGUACCUGGAAGAGGCGCCGCCUAGAGGGCGUCAACACAAAACCGCAGCAGUAGCUGCUGCUACACCAACCAAAGAACCAAUAAAAAAGGCUCAAUCACAAAACAAUCAGAAAAAUUGCUUCAUUUGCGGAAGUAAAGAGCACAGCAUUUUUUAUUGUGCUGCUUUCAACAAGCUCCCCCUCAAGGAGAGGUGGGAGGCUGUGUCCAAAUCCAGGCGGUGCUACAACUGCAUGUCUUGGGGGCACUCCGUGCAAAAGUGCUCCUCCAACGUGAGCUGUAAGGAAUGCGGGGCGCGCCAUCAUACGCUCCUGCAUUUCGAAGCUGCGGAAAACCCCCCGCAACCAACCCAAAAGGGCAAUGAAGGGUCAACGACUACGGCUUCGGCCUCAACCAGUAUCACCCAGUGA